AUGAAAAUUAAAGGAGGAGGAUUACAAACUUUGGUAAAAAUGCAUUGGGAGUCUUUAUUUAUGACAAUAGAUGCUUUAUUAAGAGCUCAACCAGUAUUUGAUUGGGCUGCUUUAGUUGCAAUUGAAAUAUGGCAAAGUCUUAGUCAUACUUAUAAAGAAAGUGAAGAAUUAAUGGCUCAACUUCAUAGAUUUAAAUCAAGAAUAGCUCCUUUUGAACUUUCUUAUAUUUCUAGUCUUGAAUCUCCUAAAUUGUGGUAG